AUGGCAAGGGAUAAAAGAAUCAUUGACGAGGAACCACCUAUUGCAACGAUCGAAGGCUGGGAAGACGGACAGCCCUUCAAGCGAGGCAUUCACAAACUGGAUCGAUGGGCAUUGCAAUCUGCCGACACAUUGACGAUUCAUAUUGGACCUCACGACAUUGUACUGGUUCAGGACCCCCAUUCCAAUUAUCUGGGCGGCUACAUUUGGUUGACAUCGAUUGUGUUUUGCUCAUAUCUAGAACGCCUCAGUUCCAAACGAGAUCGCCAUGGCUGGAUCAGUUUGGAUCGUCGUAAGCGUUGGGUUGAAUUGGGUUCAGGUGUUGGUCUCAUUGGCAUCAUGUUGCACAAAUUGGGUAUUGAGGAUGUGGUGAUUACCGAUAUUGAGGAAUUAUUGGAAACCAUGGAGAAGAAUGUGGAGGCGAAUCAAUUGCAUGUCAAAUCCAUCAACGGCCGCAGAAAGAAUGAUUACGACAAUGACGUUAUUGUGGUAGACCCCUUGCUCUGGAACAAUGUAGAGGAGAUGGACAGCAUCAAGGCGGGAGGCGACAUUGAUUACAUUGUUGCUUGUGAUUGCAUCUACUCGGAAGCCAGUGCCAUGGAUCUGGUGGAUACCAUGGACUAUUUGUCUGACGAAAAGACGACGAUUAUUUGUAUUAGUGAAGUUAGAAAUCAGGCAGCACAAGAUAAAUUCAUGUUGGAGGCAGAGGCGCGAUUUCAAGUCGAAUUAUUACCUGCCAUCCAAUGGCAAAAAAAGGUGAAUCAUCAAGUGGACUUUGAUGAGACACUAAAUCUCUAUAGGUUGCGCAAAGCAAAGCGUCGUUCAAAGUCAGCGAAGAAAUAA